AUGUUGUUGAUGAUGGUAAACACGGUGCAGAGUGAAACACAGGGUAACGGGUUGUUUGGGGACAUGAAACAUGUGCGUAUGAUAAAUGAUAUGAAAGAGGGUGUUCUUGUUCGUCUCCAUUGUCGAUCCAAGAAUGAUGAUCUUGGAGAACGUGUUCUUGCCUUUAGACAGCACUGGGAAUGGAAGUUCAACGAUAACGUCAUCAGCUCCACUCUUUUUUGGUGUAAUAUGCAUGCAAACAAUGUUGUGAGAAGUUUUAGAGUAUAUUUUUGCGAUGAUGAUUAUCUACGAUGUAACACACAAUGUUAUCGAAGUCUGAGGAUGGAUGGAGCAUAUUACUAUCAUCAAAUUCGAAAUGUAUGGCAGAAGCAACUGUCAUGGAUUGUUGACGCAUAA